AUGGUCCGAGCCCCGUCUCCAAAAGUGGCCACGAUGGGAAAAGAACCCGUGACCGUGGAAUGUUCCUAUCGCGCCACUGGAACCGAUAUCGUGCUGGGUAUCAACUGGUAUCGUAAAACCGCUUACGACGACACCUUCAAGCUUAUUGCGCAGAUUCCAAACAAGGACCUGGUCGAUUUGCCACCGACAUUUGUGGACAAGAGCCUUGCAAGUAAAGGGAACAUAACGAUAUUGACCAAAGGAACCUUCAAGCUGAUCAUCUUGGAGAUCAAGCCUGCGGAGUGCAUAGACGAGGGAACAUACGAGUGCGAGGUCCAAGUAUACGGCGGGAGAACACCGCACAAACCCAAGGUGCAAGUUCAUCUCAACGAAGAGCCUUCGGUUCCAUCGCUUCAGCAAGAGCCUGCCAUAUUAGUGGAAAACAGCCCCGUGACAUUCACGUGUACAGGGACGAUGGGCAGACCGGUGGGGUCGUUCAAGUGGCUCGUGUAUAAGAACACUCACAGCCACUCCAUGGAGGAAGUGGAGAUGUCCGGCAUAACGAGCUUCAGUAAAAUGUCUGGCAGUUGCUCCCCUAUUGGGAAGAGCACCUUAGCUAUCAUGAUAACGAGUGCUGACCAGAAGGUGAAGUGUGUGGUCCAGCAACAAGCCAAGGAAGAGGUGGUACAGUUGUCUGACGAGAGGGUGCUCGAUGUGCAGUACUCCGUCCGGGACACGGAGGUUUACACACGAGUGAACACGGAAGACAUGCCCCUGGCACAAGAGAUGGUCGCAGUCGAGGGAGAUGACGUUAUGUUCAUGUGUCGAGCGCGCGGAAAUCCUCGUCCAGGGUUCGCCUGGAGUUACCUGCCCUUGAAUGGCCAAGAUCGCUCCAAAGGCCUGGUGAACAUGGCAUCGGAACCAGAACUGAAACUGACCAACCUGACUGCCAACCACAGUGGUUCUUACGUGUGUGUCACGACUAACUUUAUUUACGGACGGGAGCAUACCGAAACCAGGGCUGUUCGAAUCAUAGUAAAAGAUAGGUCCGCAUAUCGACUGGAGAGGUUACGAACAGCGGAACGAAAAAAAUCAGAUGUUCUUCGUUACCUUUUAAUCGGUGGGAUCGUUGCUGGAGCCAUGUUUUUCGCCAUGGUUGUUUCCCUGAUGUCAGUGCUGUGUUACCGCAGAUGUGAACACCAGGACAACGGCAGGCCAAUUCGAUAUCAGGGUGUCAAAGCCUAG